AUGGAAAAAUUGGAGCAAAAAUCGGAGCAGCCUUUACCAGAGAAUCUAUCAAUCACCUCCAGAAAUGAAACACAGUCUCCCAAGCCGGUAAGAGAAUACUCAGACCCGAUCCCAGUUGAUAUACUCAUUGAUAUAUUCUCUCGACUCUCUCGAAAAACGACAAUGAGGUUUCGUUGCGUAUCGAAAUUAUGGGGAUACAUACUACGUCCUCCUGAUUUCACAGAGUUGUUUCUGACCAAUUCUUAUACUCGUCCACGGAUCUUUUUCACCGUAGUAUCUAAUCACAAGUUGUUCUUCUACUCUUCACCUCAGCCUCAAAAUCCAGAUCACAACUCUACUCUUGUAGCCACACGUUAUCAUACGUCAUUCCCCGAGUAUUUUCCAUUUGAUAACUGUUCUACCGUAUGUGGAUUGACCCUUCUUCAGGGAGAUUAUGAAAAAAAGAGCCCAGUGAUUUGUAACCCUAUCACAGGAGACUUCAUAACCUUACCCGAAGUGAAAGCUAAAGCGAAGAGUAGUUACCUUGGCUAUGAUCCGACCAGAAAACAGUUCAAAGUGUUGUGUCUGAACCCGUCACUUUAUGAAACACCCAAAAUUCAUCAGGUUUUGACGUUGGAGUCUGGAAAACAUUUAUGGAGAGAGAUCGAAUGCGGAUUUCGUUUUACAGAGAGUGGUAGAACGGGUGGUGAAGUAUGCAUAGAUGGUAUUUUGUAUUUCGGAGCUAAGUUGGAACAACGUUGGGUGAUAGUUUGCUUCGACGUUAGGUAUGAGAAGUUUGGCUUUAUUAACAUAGAUAAAGACAUGUUAAGUGAGCAUGAUACUUAUUGUCGUAGUGGUUUUUUGGCUUUGUUCAACUACAAAGGUAAAUUAGGUAUGCGGAAUACAUCAGGAUUUAGGGAUACAUAUCAUUUUGUGUUGUGGGUGCUAGAAGAUGCCGGAAGUCAUAAAUGGUCCAAGCAUACCUAUGUAUUGCCUAUUUCAACUAUAGAGAAGUGGUUUGUUGGAAUGACUGGUUCAGGCGAAGUCGUGUUAUCGUCGUACCGCUACAACCUACAAAACCUUUUCCGCGUUUACUUCUAUAAUCUCGAGAGGAAAUCCUUUACAACACUCGAUUUUCAGGGAUUUGAAGAGUUUAAGUAUCAUAUAACUAUUAACACCUUUGUAGACUAUGUGGAGAAUCUGAAGUUUAUGUAA